AUGUCCGUCGAAGUAAUUAAUACUAUUUCACCAACCACAGGUGAGAUCGUCAUCUCCCGCAAUGGCCCAUCUUCAGCCGACCUAGACCUGUUGCCCAAGGUGGCGACUGAAGCGUUUCAAAGCUUCCGCAAGACCACCCUCAAGGAGCGACAGGAGAUUGUUAGAAAGUUCCUGAAGGGCCUCGCCGACCGUGAAUCGGAGCUCGCUGAGGAGCUUACUGUGCAAAUGGGCCGACCCAUCGCGUUUACUGGAAAGGAGAUCACAACUGCUGUGAAGCGGGGUGAAUAUCUUCUUAAAGUCAGUGAUGAGGCCCUUCAAGAUACCGACGGCGAGGCAGAGAAAGGAUUCAAGCGCUUCAUACGCAAGGUUCCAGUUGGACCCGUACUGGUCAUCUUUGCAUGGAAUUACCCCUAUUUGAUUCUCGUCAACUCUCUUAUUCCAGCCAUCCUGGCAGGCAACAGCGUCAUCCUUAAACCAUCUCCUCAGACUCCCACCAUUGCGGAGCGUGUGUCCGAGAUCUUUGCUGCUGCAGGCUUGCCCCAAGGCGUCCUCCAGUAUUUCCAUUGUGGCUCGCCGAGUACAAUGGAGACGAUUGUGCGCGAUCCUAGGAUCGAGCUUGUAUGCUUUACCGGCUCUGUUUCUGGCGGCCUUUCUGUGCAAAAGGCAGCCGCCGACCGCAUCGUCAACAUUGGUCUGGAGCUUGGUGGCAAAGACCCAGCCUACAUUCGCAGUGACGUGGACAUUGAUUGGGCCGCCGAGGAGAUUGUAGACGGCUCUGUAUUCAACUCGGGCCAGAGCUGCUGUUCUCUCGAGCGUGUGUACGUUGACGAGAGCAUCCACGAUGCUUUUGUCGAGGCAGUGCAAAAGGUGCUCAAGGGUUACAAGCUUGGCGAUCCAUUUGACAAGAGUACGCAUGUCGGACCCGUCAUCUCGAGCCGAUCAAAGGGUGCCAUCGAGGGCCAUAUCAAGGACGCGGUUUCCAAAGGCGCCAAGGACGCCACCCCGGCCAAUGAGUCGUUUGACAACCUGCCAUCCAAGGGCAACUUUGUGAAACCGACGCUGCUCACCGGUGUGGACCACAGCAUGACGGUCAUGACAGAGGAGACAUUCGGACCCGUAAUCCCCGUUAUGAAGGUCAAGGGCGACGCCGAGGCCAUUAAACUGAUGAAUGACAGCGAAUUUGGUCUCACAGCCAGUAUUUGGACCAAGGAUACGGACAAAGGCUACAAGCUUGCCGAGGACGUGGAGGCCGGCACCGUGUUCGUGAACCGCUGUGACUACCCCAGCCCUGACCUUGCGUGGACGGGCUGGAAGAACUCUGGCCGGGGCCAGACGCUUAGCAAGUUUGGCUUUGACGCCUUUGUCAAGCUCAAGAGCUUCCACUUGAAGGACUACCCGAAAUGA